AACAGUAUAAAAGUAAUGAGUUAAUUUCAAGAAAGUUAACAGUUUUAGAAGCAAUUUUGUUUAUUCAAAAUGCAUGGGAAGAAAUAACAUCUAUGACGAUUACAAACUGUUUUCGACAUGUUAGAAUUCGAAAUAAUGAAAUAGAAGACACAACAGAAAAUACAACAGAAGAUACAACAGAAAGUACAAUAGAAAAUACAACAAAAAACAUGAAAAAUACUAAGAGUGAAAUCGUAACAGCAAUUAAUCAUAAUAUUCAAUUGCUACACUAUUGUUACCCUAUGAUGGUUAAGGAUUUUUUAAAUCUAAAAAAUGAAGAAAUAAUCGAAAAGGAACUGUCAGAUAUGGAAAUUGUUGAGUUCGUUUGCAAAUUAAAAGAAAUUGAAGAAGAAACGGAGAAUGAAGAUGAACUUCCAACAGUGUCGGCUAAAGAGGCAUUGCAAUCAUUUGAUAGGAUUGUUAAGUUCUUUCUAAAACAAGAAGGUAAUUAUUCGAUGGAAAUUGGUAAUUUGAUGAAGGUCGGUCAUAUAUUGAGAAGAUUAGAGGAGAAAUCACAUGUGCAAAAAAACAUGGAAGAUUAUUUUGAAUCCUUAUAA